AUGAUCUGGAUACUUCAAGUGUUGUUCUCACCGCUCCCAACACCAGCAUUGAUCAGUCUCAUUGCAUUUGGAGCUGUCAUCUUCCUGUGGGUGAUAAGCAGGCCAAAACCCCUUUUACCUCCUCUUGACUUGAACAAGCAGUCGAUAGGAAUUGAGGGAGGAGCCAGAAGAGUUACACUCUUGACAGAUAAUAAACUGCUUUCUUAUUACUUUGAAGAUGCUAAAACCCUGUAUGAAGUUUUCCAGAGAGGAGUGAGUAUUUCUGGAAAUGGUGACUGUCUAGGCUACAGGAAACCCAAGCAACCUUAUCAGUGGCUGACAUAUAAACAGGUUUCAGACAGAACUAAAUACCUGGGAUCAGGACUUCUGCAAAAAGGAUGCCAACCAUCAUCAAGCCAGUAUAUUGGCAUUUUUGCUCAGAAUAGGCCAGAGUGGAUCAUUUCAGAAUAUGCCUGCUACGCCUACUCAAUGGUUGCUGUUCCACUCUAUGACACUCUGGGACCAGAGGCCAUUGUAUAUAUUGUUAACAAAGCUGACAUAAGCGUGGUGAUCUGUGACACGCCUGCAAAGGCAGAGGUCUUGCUUAAGAACUGUGAGGACAAAAAGACCCCAUGUCUGAAGAUUAUUGUUCUCAUGGAUCUCUUUGAUAAAGAGCUCAAGGACAGAGGAGCUAAAGUGGGAAUUGAAAUUCUGUCACUGCAGGAGGUUGAGGAGCUGGGAAGAAACAACAUCAGAGAACCAGUUCCUCCUAAGCCUGAAGAUCUUUCUGUUGUGUGUUUUACAAGUGGAACCACAGGUAACCCUAAAGGAGCCAUGCUGACACAUCAGAAUGUUGUUUCAAAUGCUGCUGCCUUCCUUAGAUGCACAGAGAACACAAUUGAGGUUACAAGUUCAGAUGUUGCCAUUUCCUAUCUUCCUCUGGCUCACAUGUUUGAGAGAGUUGUGCAGGCUGUGGUAUACAGCUGUGGAGCAAAAGUAGGGUUCUUCCAAGGAGAUAUCAAGCUGCUAACAGAUGACAUGAAAAACUUGAAGCCAACGCUAUUUCCAGUUGUACCAAGACUGCUCAACAGAGUCUAUGACAAGAUCCAGAGUGGUGCAAACACCCCAGUAAAGAAUUUCCUGUUAAAAUUUGCUGUGUUUAUGAAGACAGCUGAAAUAAAACAGGGCAUCAUUCGAAAUGACAGCAUUUGGGACAAGGUAGUCUUCAAAAAAAUUCAGGAAACCAUGGGUGGAAGAGUGCGUAUCAUGGUGACAGGCGCAGCCCCUAUAUCUCCCUCUGUCCUGACAUUUCUCAGAGCAGCAUUAGGCUGUCAGAUCUUUGAAGCUUAUGGCCAGACUGAAUGCUCAGCUGGAUCCACUUUCUCAAUGCCUGGAGACUGGACAACAGGCCAUGUUGGAGCUCCUCUGGCUUGUAAUAUCAUAAAACUAGAUGAUGUGGAAGAAAUGAGCUACUUCUCUUCUAACAAUGAAGGCGAGGUCUGCAUCAAAGGACCAAAUGUGUUCAAGGGUUAUCUGAAAGAUCCUGAGAAGACAGCAGAAGCAAUUGAUAAAGAUGGCUGGCUCCACACUGGAGACAUAGGGAAGUGGUUGCCAAAUGGAACGCUGAAGAUCAUUGAUAGGAAGAAGAAUAUAUUUAAACUUGCACAAGGAGAAUACAUUGCUCCAGAGAAGAUAGAAAAUGUCUAUAUCAGAAGUGCUCCUGUAGCCCAGGUCUUUGUUCAUGGGGAAAGUCUGAGGUCUUUUCUAAUAGGUAUAGUGGUUCCUGAUGCUGAGAUGCUUCCAGAAUUUGCAGCAAAACUGGGAGUCAAAGGUUCCUUUGAAGAGCUCUGCAAAAACCCUGCAGUGAAGAAAGCUAUUUUAGAUGAUAUGAUCCAACUGGGGAGAGAGGCUGGCCUUAAAUCCUUUGAACAAGUUAAAGACCUGUACAUCCACACAGAGCUGUUUUCUGUAGAAAAUGGACUCUUGACGCCAACACUGAAGGCAAAGCGAGGAGAUGUUGUAAAAUUCUUCCAGAAGGAGAUUGAGGCCCUCUACUCAUCUGCUCAGGAAUAA